AUGGGUGAGGGAGAUGCCGUGACUGAGAAGCUUGAGUCAGUGGCCAAUGGCUGCGUUGAGAAAGAUGGUGGGAAGGACAAAGUGACUGAAGCUGAGGUGAAUAAGAAAGGGGAGUAUGAGGUUGGAGUGACUGAAACAGAAGAGAAGAAAGGAGAUGAAAUGAAAGUUGAGUCUCAGGAUAUGGAUGUGGACAAAGAAGAAGUCGUUAAGAGCAAAGAAAGCGAUAAAAAGGAGGACGAGAGUAGUACUAAAGAAGACAAGAAGGAAUUAGGAGAAAAGAAUGAAACUGUAGAAGUUGAAAAGAAGGAAAUCAAGAGUGUGGAAAUGGAGGAAAACUCCAAGGAAAAAAUUGAGGAUACAAUCGCAGAAGUAGAAAAGAAGGAAAUAGAAGGAGACACAGAGGGUGAAACAGAGAGUGGAAUUGCAGAAGGAAAAGAGAAGGAAAAAGAAAUAGAGGGAGAAACAGAGGAUAAAACUGAGAAUACAACUGCGGAACUAGAAAAAAAGGAAAAGGAGAUUGAACGAGAAGCGGAGGAUAAAACUGAGAGGUCUACUGUAGAAACAGAAAAGAAGGAAAAUGAAAUGGAAGAAGUCACGGAGGAUAAAACUGAGAUUCCAACUGUAGAAGCAGAAAAGGAGAAUAAAACUGAGAGUUCAACUGCAACAGAAAAGAAGGAAAAUGGAAUGGAAGAAGUCACGGAGGAUAAAACUGAGAGUUCAACUGCAACGGAAAAGAAGGAAAAUGAAAUGGAAGAAGUCAUGGAGGAUAAAACUGAGAUUCCAACUGUAGAAGCAGAAAAGGAGGAACAGGAACUCGAGAAAGACACAGAUGAGAAAACGGAGAAUGUGCCUGAAGCAGCAGAAAAAAAGGAUAAAGAGAGUGAGAAAAAGGAGGAAGACAUGGAGGAGACAACCGAGCAUGGAUCUGAAGAAGCAGAAAAGAAGGACAAAGAGACUGAGGGAAUGGAGAAAGACACGGAGGAGAAAACCUAUCAUGGAUCUGAAGAAUCAGAAAAGAAAGAAAAAGAGAGUGAGAAAAUGGAGGAAGACACAGAGGAGAAACCCAAUAAUGCUUCUGAGGAAGCAGAAAAGAAGGAAAAAACGAGCGAGGAAAUGGAGGAAGACACAGAGGAAAAAACUGGAAAUGCAUCUGAAGAAGCAGAAAACAUGGACAGAAAGAUUGAGGAUAAAGUUCAAGAGGAGAUUGAUGGAGUGAAAGAGAAGGAAGAAAAUCCAGAUGAGGCCAUCAAAGAGAAAGGUACAAGAAAACGUCCUAGAAUGGAGGACAAGGAGACUGAGGGAAUGGAGAAAGACACAGAGGAGAAAACCUAUCGUGGAUCUGAAGAAUCAGAAAAGAAAGAAAAAGAGAGUGAGAAAAUGGAGGAAGACACGGAGGAGAAACCCGAUAAUGCAUCUGAAGAAGCAGAAAAGAAGGAAAAAACGAGUGAGGAAAUGGAGGUAGACACAGAGGAAAAGACCGGGAAUGCAUCUGAAGUAGCAGAAAACAUGGACAGAAAGAUUGAGGAUAAAGUUCAAGAGGAGGUUGAUGGAAUGAAAGAGAAAAAAGAAAAUCCAGAUGAGGCCAUCAAAGAGAAAGGUACAAGAAAACGUCCUAGAACAAAGAGCGGAGCGGGAAAGAAAAUCUUUAAGAAGGGCCCUGAAGAUACGGUGGAAGGAAAUAAAUCGCCAAAUGAUAAAAAGACCAAUGAACCUAAGUCGUCAAUAGAAAAGGAGAAGGAAGACCCAACAACUCCUGCAGCUUCCAGAAUUGAGCGCCCUGUACGUGAAAGAAAAUCCGUUGAAAGGUUGGUCGCCAUUAUUGAGCAGGACUCUUCUAAGGAAUUCCAUGUUUUAAAGGGUCGUGGAACCGCACUGAAAGAUAUCCCUAGUGUGCAUGAUGAUGUAAAAUUUAGCAGCAGCAAUGCUGUUUCACUAAACCCUCUAGGUGUGCUUCUAUCAACUAUAUGGUCAUUAUGGUUUGUCUCAUGUGUACUGAUUGGGGAUAUUGUCUAUGGAAGUGGUUUGCAGAGAUAUGGAACUUACAUUGCUCGAUCUCCAUGCAUAUACGCUCACCUGUUGUCAAGAAAUAAGAGUGAGGAUACUCUCAAACUGUUGCAUACUAUUCUUUUUGGAAGGAGAGGAAAGGCUGCUGAAAUCAAGCACCACAUAUCAAAAUUCUCUGGAUUUGUUUGGCGUGACAAUGAGGAAAAGCACAUGAUGAAAGUCAAAGAGAAACUUGACAAGUGUGCCAAGGAGAAGCUACAUGAGUUCUGUGAUAUCUUUUGUAUACCAAUUUCCAAGGCUAGUUCAAUGAAGGAAGAUAUUAUUACUAAGUUGGUAGAAUUUUUGGUGGAGCCUCAUGCUGCUACGUCUGAAUUACUCGCUGAAAAGGAGCAGUCGAGUAAGGGCAAAAAGAGAAAGAGGGUGAGCAAAUCCACAUCUGGGACAGGGAGUAAUACACCGUCAAAAGGCUCAGCUAAGAGUCGAAAGAUAACUGGGGGAAAUUCUACAAAGAUAAGCAUGCCUUCUGAGUCUGAAGAAGAAUCAGGAGAAGAGGAGGAAGCCCAUGAAGAGGAUGGUGCAAAUCGUACUGGAGAAAAAUCAGAUGAUGAAAUGACUGAACAAGCUGAAGCUGGGGAAAGUGAAUCCGAAGAUAAGUCUGAUGAGGACAAGGGAAAGAAGCUAGUUUCAGCAAAGUCUUCUGGAAAGAAAGAAUCUGAUAGCAAAGCCAGAACCAAGAAAGCAACCGUCUCUAAAAAGGUCAGUUCUCCACCCAAAAGAACACCUGCAAAAUCAUCACCCAGCAGAUCAGAAAAGAACAGAGAUAAAAGUGAAAAGAAGUCUUCUGGUAAGAAGAAAGAUGACUCGUUCGUUAAGUUACCAAGCCGAGCAGAAAAGAAUAAUGAUGCAAGUGCAAAAAAAUCUUCUGGUAAGAAGAAAGAUGAAUCGUUUGAUAAGUCACCGUCUGGGAAGAAGACAGGUUCAAAGGAAAGCACUGGGAAUAAAAUUCUUAAAGUGAAGGAUAAGCUCAAGGAGCAGAAAUCAGAGCCAACUGAUGCUGAACUAACUGGGGCUAUCUGUGAAAUCCUUAAAGUGGUCGAUUUCAAUACGGCUACCUUCACCGACAUUCUUAAGCAACUCACCAAGAAAUUCAAGACUGAUCUGGUGCCUAGAAAACAAGCAAUAAAGCUUAUGAUUCAGAAAGAGCUGACAAAACUUGCUGAGGCUGAUGAGGAUGAUGAUGAGGCUGAAUGUGAUGAUGAUGCUGACAUUAACACAAAGAAGCCUUCGACCCAUGUUGUAAAGGCCUGAACAGCUCCUUUUGUGUACACUAUCUACAUCCUAUUUACUACCUUCCUGUAACUUAUAGUGGCGUCUUAGCUAGCUUGUAGCAUUAGUCGACCUCUUGAGGCUAGCUGUGUAUUUUUAAGUGUUGGUAGCUUUCUCUCGACUUUUGGUGUCUUAGUUUAUCCAUAAUGUGGUUCUGCCGCUUGAUAUUCUGUAGUUUUUUACUGCUUGAUUUUGGGCCUGAGCUUAAUGUCUGUCUGUUGGGGCUGCUUGUUUAUGAAUGACUGCGGCAUGAUUCUAUUGUUUCACAUAUUUCCUAUGUAAUUUGGGUAACUAUUUAUGUAACUUUGAAUGGAAAUAACGGGAACAUAUAUUUUAUGCGCUGUGCCUGUAUUGAAUAUAGAAUGGCAUGAAACAGUUGGGAUAUCGAGUUUUAUAGCAAAACUAGUCUAAACUGUCGG